AUGAAGCAACAACCUGCUAGAAAGAAUUUUAAGGAAUGGCACUUCUUCAAGCUCAAGCUAAACUUUGAGGACCCAGACCUUGAACAAGAAAUUAAGCUAGAUACUAUGACCUGGAAACAGUGGAUCAAUAAUUCGCUGAAAAGAACCCAUGGCCUUUUCGGUGAAGGAAUUGAGUAUUCAUUUUUGAAUCAUGAUUCAGAUCUGGCUUAUCUGAAAGUUGGCUAUCACGACAAAGAUACCUUCUCAUCUGCCGUGAGUACUUAUAUAUCUAGUGACGAACUAGUUGGCUGCCCUUUGUUUGCGACUAUAUUACAAGAGACAUCAAAUUUAAAAUCCUUAGAAGUUGGUCAAGAUGACGAAAUUUGGUUGAAAAGAGCCAUUGAAAGUGAAGAUGAAGAUCACCUCUCCGAUUAG